CACAACUGGUCCGAAUUAAACCCCAAUAUUACCGGAGCGCGAUGACUUUAAUUUUCAUCGCAUUACUUACAAAAUCGUUCUUGGUGACUGCUCGAUUUUUGAUUAGCUCCUGUUAUUGGGGAGUAAAAUAACUACGUUAUGAACUAAUAUUAGUGUUUUCCUUCGCUUAAACGUUUAGUGUAAUGUGCUUUAAUGUAUUUUUGGCUCAAAGUGGUGCAUGGGUUCAGGCAAAUAAUCUUUAUCAUUAAGCAAUCAUUUUCAAUCGUACUGAAAACAAAUGUUAACUGGUACAUUAUUUUAAAUUGAACAUCAAGCUUUACUUUAUGUUCCUGAAAAGGCUUAUGAGUCGGUUUUGAUGAAACAAUAAAGAGUGUUAAAUUAUGAAAACGAAAUUUCUAACGUAUGUGACUUUAUUUCUUCUGGAAUACAGUUUAGGGGCACAGGUCCCCUUUGGAAAGGUAAAUUAUAAAGUUGUGACACAGAAGACCAAGGGUUUGGGUGAGGACCAAGUGUUGGAUAAUGCACGAGAAAAAUGGGUUGUAGAUUCGGUAAUUUAUGACGACUAUCAGUCCGAUGGCCUCGCUGAAAGCACACUGGACGAUAUCUGUCCGCCCAUUCCACAUGCAAUUGAAGAGGACGCGUGCAUUAUGCCGACAUGCAAGAGUGACGUGGAUUGUCCGGACGACUUCCGAUGUUGCUACAAUGGCUGCGUGUACGCAUGCUUGCCUGAAAUGAAACCUCCACCAUUGGUAGACUGGAGGAAGGAGCCUCAAAGAUCCAGAUCCGGAAUAUCUUGGCUUAUAAGUGGACCUCCAGGUCCAGGAACGGAAGUUGAGCUUUGCAGCACGACUCCUAGUGACCCGGAUGAAGACCCACUCCUGUGCCCUCGUGGUUACUUCUGUCACGUGACUGACACUGGCAACCCAAAGAAAGGGAUUCCUAACAGUGGUUACUGUGUCAAGGAGACAGACGGACAGUAUUCGCAACGAGAGGAAGAGAUUCUUUUAUCAUCGGCGGGGUUAAAGUCCGGGAAAACAUGCACAGUGGAUAAUAUACGACUUCUGGAAGGGGCAUCGAUCAAGUUGAAGAGGAAAUCUUGUCGCUGUAAUAAAGGGUUCUUGUCCUGCAAGAGGAAAAAAGGAAAAAACAACGUCGACGUGGAAAUAAAAGACAAAUCUCCCAAGAACUCUAGACCAAGAAAAAGAAAUAAAGGCAAAAAAGGGAGGAAGAAAAGUACUUGAGGCUCCUCAUCAUCAGAGAAAAAUAUUCCAUUACUUCAUAUAAACAUUUGUACGCACAUUGUCUGUUAUUUAUACACACAAGCACGGAAAUACAGUUAAAAACAUGACGUGCUUCGUCAGUUCACCACAGAGGUAAACCAACGUGCAUUCCAUGCGCAUACAAGUGAUUUACACUGACACUUAUUUUAAUUUAUCUACUGAUCUUUUGAUCAUUGAUUAUAUGAGAUGCAUUUGUUAAAGAUGUUAUUCGCUUUUUCAUAAACUUGCCUGUUUGACGUGUGUUUGUCUUUUGAUAGAUGUUAGCCAGGUGGUCUAUAGUCUGUGUCACAUUGUCGAUCUUGUUACCUUUUUUAACAAAGUGAUAUGGAAUACGUUGAACAAUAAUGCAUAUAUCUUGAUACAUAGCGACUAAUUUAAUAAAUACGAUGAUCAUACACUUUGAUUUUAUGUUUA